AUUUCUGACUCAAAUUCUCCUCAAAUAUUUAAACAUCUGAUUCCUGCCGUUCAUAGAAAUUGCUAGUAUUUGGAAAUAUUAUCCAUAGUGUAACCCAACCUUCAUUUUGUGAUACGCCCUCGCUAUUAUAUAAGCUUGACUUUUCUAUGGCUCAUUCAAACGGUUUCUCCCACACCGUGAAGCAAGGAAAUAAAUCCCUCGAAGAUAGCGGAAAUCAAGAUGUGGCUAAUACAGAGUUGCUUAUUGAUCCAGAUAAUUCUGUCAGUUUAUUUGAACUCAUGUGAGUCUUCGAGCAUCUAUGUUGGACGACAYGCUUCAGGAUGCGAGGAUUUUGACACACGAAAAUGUCAAAAGAUUAUCAAUUGGUAUGGCAAGGAUGACGUCUGUAGUCCAGAGAAGUCCUCAUGGGCCAAGUCACUUCUAAAACUUUGCCCUGCUUCGUGUGGACUUUGUGAAUGCAAAGAUAAUCUUGGUAAAUUGUGCCUGACUUUAUYCCGAUACUGCUUCAGCCAGGGCGAGACGGGGAAUUUUGUACACCAACAAUGUUCAAAGACCUGCAAUACUUGUAACCAGGCGUUAAUGGGAAGAA